GCCGAGGCCGCCAUGACGUCCAUUGAGGACUCAUCCCCACACUGUGUGCCGCUCUUCACCCGGCCACCAAACACCCACAUCUCACAGGAUCAAAUCAAGCGCACAGACCUGAAACCUCCAUACCGGACCCUGGACACAGCGGCACCCGUCGCUCCUCUCACCUACUACCACGGACUGCCCUGGACGACUCACCUCGACUCGCACCUAUGGACAACAAGCUCCCCGCAAACCGGACCUGGACACUGCGGCAUCCGCCGCUCUCUCAACGUGACCAUCGCCUCGCAAGCAGGCUGCCCGGACUGAUCAAGACCGAAGGGAUGGGAUUGAAGGGGGUUUUGGUAGAUGGAUGCAUGUGAUAGGGUAGAGAAGA